AUGAGUAUAGAGUUAUUUACCAUUCCGGGACUGUUGGGAGCUGGAGAGAUUACCACUGUUAAAUCUGAUGAUGGAACAAUCUAUUUUGCAGCAAAGGAAAUAGCAGCCGCUCUCGGAUAUAUUAGGACACAGAAUGCCAUUGAUAGGCAUACGGAAGAAUGGAUGAGAACCACACUUGGUGAAAUAAAAAGGGCCCCGUUUCAGGGCCCUUUUUGUGUGUCCGGUAGUAUACAUCCCGGAAGGGUGUUUGUUACCGAACCCGGUUUAUAUAGUCUUGUGUUCGGUUCAAAACUAUCCUCAGCCAAGGAUUUUCAACGAUGGGUAUUCAAAGAUGUUCUUCCCUCCAUUCGAAAAACUGGGAAGUAUGCAUUACCCGGUGUUGUGGGUAAGCUUAAAAGUAUCGAAGAUAGCGAGUUAUACCGUCUUGAAGGACCGGAACGGACAGAAGUAAAGAGUGAGCUGACCCGUAAGACUAACCUUAUGAAAGAUCCGGAAGCAGUUUUACGUGGGAAAAAGGGUGGAUUAGUCGCGCAGGAAAAUAACAGACAAAUUAAAAUAAAAUUAUACGAGAAGGAAAUAGAAGCUCUCGUACUCGAAGAAGAACUGGACGAACGAGAUGAAAAAAUACGCGAACUCGAAGACGAGAACGAAAAGCUCUGGAUCGAAAAUAAAAAACUUAAAGAACGAUAG